UCCUGGCGUCCCUCGGUCGCACACAUCUCUUCACACCAUCACAAUUCACAUUCGCACACAGGCGCGUCCAAAAUGAAAGAUCCAGCUCUUGGUGCGUGCUCCGCCCGCUUCGAUAGCGACGUCCAUGUCGUACCUACCUGCCAGUGUGUCUGCCGGAGUAUCUAUCCACUCAACCAGCGCGCACCUGCGUCAACGAAUCUACUCGCCGAAUUAUACAGAGGAAGGGAGGGAGGGAGAGCCCAAGACGGACGAUGGGCGGGGCAGCAGCGGGCAGAAGGAAGGGGAUGGUCGUCGGCCUCGCGCUCUUCUUGCUCGCUCAUCAGGGGCUCCUGCCGUGCGCUUCGGCCGUUGAUCGCGGCGAGUUCCCCGAGAACUUCUUGUUCGGGACCUCCACCUCUGCCUACCAGAUUGAAGGAGGGUAUUUGGAGGGUAACAAAGGUCUAAGCAAUUGGGAUGUCUUCACCCAUAAGCAAGGUACAAUUAAGGAUGGGAGCAAUGGUGAUUCGGCUGAUGAUCACUAUCAUCGUUACAUGGAAGACAUAAACCUGAUGCAUUCCUUGGGUGUUAACUCAUACCGAUUCUCCAUAGCAUGGACAAGGAUUCUACCAAGAGGGCGAUUUGGGAAAGUUAAUCCAGAUGGUGUAGCAUUCUACAAUGCCAUUAUUGAUGCUCUUCUACAGAAAGGUAUGCAACCAUUUGUAACAAUAUAUCAUUUUGACAUUCCACAUGAACUGGACAAGAGAUAUGGUGGAUGGUUGAGCUCAGAAAUUCAGAAGGACUUUGGUUACUUUGCAGAUAUAUGCUUCAAAAUGUUUGGUGACCGAGUUAAGUUUUGGAUAACUAUUAAUGAGCCAAACUUGUUCACAAAGUUAAGCUAUAUGUAUGGGCGAUACGCUCCUGGUCACUGUUCUAAGCCAUUUGGUAAUUGUGCCUUUGGGAAUUCUUCGGUGGAAACAUACAUAGUAGGUCACAACAUCAUACUAUCUCAUGCAAAUGCCGUUCACAUUUACAGAAAGAAGUAUCAGGUGAAACAAGGUGGCCAUAUUGGAAUUAACGUUUGCUCAAGAUGGUAUGAACCAUUCCACAAUACCACGGCAGACAUCUUAGCAGUUGAACGGGUUCUCUCUUUCAAUGGUCCAUGGUUUCUGGACCCUCUUAUUCUUGGUGAAUAUCCCCUAGAGAUGCGCAAGAUCUUAGGUUCAAACCUACCUGAAUUCACAUCAAAACAAAAGAAGAAAUUGCAGGCCACAAAAUUGGAUUUCAUUGGGUUAAAUCAUUAUACAACAUCAUAUUUGAAGGAUUGCAUUUUCUCACCAUGUGAACUGGAUCCGGUAGAGGGGGAGGCCCAGGUUCUGACAUCAGCAGAAAGAGAUGGAAUAUUUAUUGGUAAAAGGACAGGGUCGCCGAUAUUUUAUUCUGUUCCAUAUGGGAUGGAGAAACUGGUCAUGUAUUACAAACAAAGAUACAAUAACACACCAAUAUACAUCACAGAAAAUGGCUAUGCUCAAGCAAGCAAUAGCAGCAUGAUCACCAAGGAUUUUACCAACGACACAGGAAGAGUCGAUUAUCUUCAAGGCUACCUCACCUUUUUGGCCUCAGCAAUAAGGAAAGGAGCCGACGUGCGUGGCUACUUCGUGUGGUCUCUGCUCGAUAACUUCGAGUGGAAUUCUGGGUACACGCAGAGAUUCGGGCUCUACCAUGUCGAUUUCAAGACGCAGAAGCGGACCCCGAAACUGUCUGCGAAAUGGUACAGAGAGUUUCUCAAGGGGUCACCUCUGAGAACAAGUCUCCGAAACGGAUACUCCCACCAGUACACUGCCCAAUCCAUGGACCAUUUCUCCUCAGAAGAUUAGUUCAGUUAAUGUUAAGAUGUUGAUCAUGGUUUACAACAUUGAGUCGAUGGGGUUUGCGUGCUCUCAUGUAAGCCGUCUCAAGGACUCUGUAUACAUGUGCAUCAAUAAAAGGGGUCUUGUGAUUCA